AUGCAACCUCCAAGCUUUAAUGGUAAUAUAGCAAGUAUUGACCAUGUAGUUGGAAUUGAUUAUACUAAGCUUAAUAGUAAACCAAUAUAUGAGGGAGCAAAUGGAGUUGUUUUCAAAGGUACUAAUAGAAAUCAAAGAGAUAUAUUGGUUAUUAAAACAAUCAAAAAACAAGCAAAUCAUUCAAAUGAUAAUUACAGUGCACUUGUCUUCAAAGAAUAUAAUAACGUCAAGCAAUGCUUGGGUUGUAAACAAAUCAUUAAUGUUUUGGAUCUUGCUGUUAAUGAAGAAGCAAAUGAAGUCUCAUUAAUAAUCCCUUAUUAUCCAAGAGGUGACUUAUUGGAUUACCUAUCACAAUUAAGAAAGAAUAAAAUUGAACUUACCUCAAAUUUGAAAGAUGCUGUUUUCAAACAAAUUGUAAAAGGAGUUAAUUUUUUGCAUGAACGAAAUAUUGUUCAUCGAGACUUAAAACCGGAAAAUUGUUUAAUCGACGAAGAUGGGACAAUCAGACUCAGUGAUUUUGGUUACACUCUUGAUUUGAAUAAAAUUGAUGAACAAAUAAAAUUGAACGACAUUUGUUGUGGUACAACUAGUUUUAAAGCUCCUGAAUUAUUUGAUUAUGAAAGAUUAAUUGAUAGCGAAAAUUAUUUGGGUUAUCUCGAAAAAAUUGAUUUUAAAGCAUUAGAUUGUUGGUCAUUAGGAAUUUUUUACUUUCAAAUCUAUUUAAUGAGAGUUCCUUGGAAUGAUGCUGAUUUGAAAAAUGAUUCCUCCAAUAAAACUUAUCAUAAGUAUGCUAAGCAUUACCCCAGUGAUGAAAAUUUAUUAAAUAGUCUAAUUAAUCAAUUAGAUGAUAAAAAUUUUAAUAUGCAAUAUAAUCCAGCAUUAGCAAUAUUUAAAAAAUUACACCAUGAAUCCAGAUAUUUCAUUUUUAGUCUACUAAAUCCUCAACCUGAUAAAAGAUUGGAUGCUAAUAGUUUAUUAAACUCAAAUUGGCUAAAUCAAGUAUAUGCAAAUUCAAAAGAUUUUAUUGAAUUAUUACCAAAUAAAAAACGUUAA